AGGAUCGCUUGAUUGCGGAUUUCUGUUUAAAUGAUAGCGCCUGACUGCGGUGGUUACCGGCGCCGAUGCGCGCAGGACGCGUUCCUCCUGCUGGACUGAACCGCACCGCACCGCACCGCACCGCGCGUCUCUUUCUUUAGAUAGUUUCGGCCUCCCUGCACGAUUGAUAAAAAUGGACUGAGAAACCGGGGGCUUGACGUGAACCGGCAGGUCUGUGGUCCGAAAUCGUGUGCGAUCGUGGAUAAAUGCUAGGAGAUACGAUGACCCUGCUGUCUCUGUUGGGCCGGAUCAUGCGCUAUUUCUUGCUGAGACCGGAGACGCUGUUCCUGCUGUGUCUGAGCCUGGCGUUAUGGAGCUACUUCUUCCACACGGACGAGGUGAAAACCAUCGUCAAGUCGAGCCGCGAUGCCGUGAAGAUGGUGAAGGGCAAAGUGGCCGAGAUCAUGCAGCACGAUCGCUUCGGCCUGGACCUAGCCGAGGCUGAGAUCUCCAAAAGCUGGGAGCUGAAGAGCGCCGGCGCCGCCGUGUACGCCAUCCAGGGCCGGAGAGACCACAUGGAGGACCGCUUCUCCGUGCUCACCGACUCCGUCAACCGCAGCCACCCGUCCAUCUUCGGGGUUUUCGAUGGGCAUGGUGGAGAGGCGGCUGCAGAAUACGUGAAGACCCACCUGCCUGAGAUUUUAAAGCAGAAACUACAGACUUAUGAGAAAGAGAAGGAGAACAGUCUUCUGUCCUACCAGAACAUCCUGGAGCAAGAGAUACUCAAUGUGGACAAAGAGAUGCUAGAGAAGCUCUCAGCCUCUUAUGAUGAAGCUGGAACAACAUGCUUGGUGGCACUGCUGUCGGAUAAGGAGCUGACCGUAGCCAACGUUGGUGAUUCCAGAGGAGUGUUGUGUGAUAAAGAUGGUAAUGCCAUCCCAAUGUCACAUGACCACAAGCCCUACCAGCUAAAAGAGCGCAAAAGAAUCAAGAAAGCAGGUGGCUUCAUCAGCUUCAACGGCUCAUGGCGUGUUCAGGGCAUCCUGGCCAUGUCUCGCUCUCUGGGCGACUACCCACUGAAGAAGCUAAACGUUGUAAUCCCGGACCCUGACGUGCUCUCGUUUGACCUGGACAAGCUGCAGCCUGAGUUCAUGAUCCUGGCAUCAGAUGGUCUGUGGGAUGCCUUCAGUAACGAGGAGGCAGUGCGUUUUAUUCGCGAGCGCCUCGAUGAGCCUCACUUUGGUGCCAAAAGCAUUGUGUUGCAGGCCUUUUACCGCGGCUGUCCGGACAACAUCACCGUCAUGGUGGUUAAAUUUAAAAAGAGUGGCACUACAGCCGAGCAGUGAGCCACGGCCAAUAUGAACUGAUAAUGUACAGUGGAGUUAAUGGGUGUUUAACCACUUUUGUUUUUGUUAUUUAAAAUACUUACUGUGUAUCCAUCGUAUUAAAAUGUACACUCAAUAUCUAUUUAUUUCUUCAAAAUGAUAGAAAGUGUUGUGAUUUAGUUUUGGCCAGAUCCCAUUGCCAAAGCUUUAGAAUGUUCACUCAGUGGGGCAGUGGUAGCCUAGUGAGUAGAGCUGUAGGUUAUCAACUGGAGGGUUGUAAGUUUGAAUCCUGUCUCUGGCUCCAGGGUUACUGUACAAUGACUGACCCUAUGUAAUAUGCUAAAAAAGCAUUUCACUGUACUGUACAUGUGUAUCCAUAUAAAUGACAAAUAAAGGUUUUCCAUCAGCCCUGGAUUACAUUAGGUGGCCCCACAAUUUUAAAGUCCUCUAUUCAAGGAAGAAGAUUAGCUAGGACAUGCACAAACAUUUACCUUUAUUUUAAGACAGCGGAGUAUUUUUGGAACAUCCAGAUUUACUGUUUUGGCUAACAUUACUUACUUUAUGAUUCCUCUCUCCCCAGUAGUAUUUGCAGAGAAGCAGCCCCAUAUGAUGAUACUACCCCCUCUAUACGUCUCUGCAUGUAUGUUUAUGGUGUUUCUGGAGUUGUACACUGAAUACUUUUGUUCCAUCUGACAAGUGUUCUGAUCUGUCUGAAUGCAUAUGUGUACAUUUUAGACGUGCAUAUAUGUGCUUUUUAUGCAAAGACGUUUUCAAUGGGGGUCUACUAAAUUGUUCCCAAACACAACAUCCUUGACAUUAAGAGUGUAAAGCUGGAAGUACGUUAAAAACAAAAACAAAAGUGGUUAAAUACUUGUUUUCCAUUCACUGUACAUAUUGGGAUUAAUAUAUUAUUCUUAUGCAUACAAAUAUACAUACACAUGCAUGUAUAUUUGUAUUUGUACAAAUAGUAUAUUUGAACUGAUAAUAUUUUUCAGUUUGGAUUAACAUGUGCAUAAGUUUAAGGAUGCCUAACAAUACAUUUCAAGACUUUCAGGACUGUUUCUUUUUACAAUAAUGGCAAAUAAUGUGCAGCCAUGUCAUCUCUUUUGUCUUUUUUGAUCUUUUCAGCCACAGAAUGUCCAGUUAUGUAGAUAAUUAAGCUAAUUAAAUAACUUCUGUGUGUCACCGUGAUGAGGUGCUGGAGAAUGUAAAAGUUCAAAUAUACACACACAACUCUCAGUAGGAUUCACCAUUAUGUGUACAAUGCUGGUCUAAAUCCAUGUCAUCUAUACUGACCAUUGUUUUUUAUUUAUACUUGAAACAUUUAGGUUUACCAUGUUUGGACAUGUCUACAGUUUGAAGUCAAACAACAUUGUUCUACAUCAACAAAACAAUAGUUUUUGGUUCAUCUGAAUGUUGGUUGGUUUAGUGGGUAAACAUGACUAUAGUGCUAAUACAUCCAGCUCUAGAAUGAAUCAUUAGUUUGCUUGUUUGACCUUUUGAUCAUAAUACAGGGAAAUGGAAGCGGCCAAAAGUACAUGGACACCUGACCAUAACCUUGUUGGACAUCCAAAUUUAAAACCACGGCUAUUAAUAUGGAGUUGCCCCGUCUUGGAGCGAUCACAGCGUCUGCUCAUCUGGAAAGGUUUUCCACACAUUUUUGGAGCAUGUAUGUGACAGAAGGAAGCAGUUACUGAGUUAAUAGAUUUUAGAUUUGGUUACAUUGUUUUCCCCUAUAUAAAAAAAAAAUGCUAAAUGUGUAUUGGCUGCUAUAAGUGAAAAAGUCAUUAGUGUAGGUGAGAUGCAUUGGCAUCCUGUCCUGGGUGUUCAGCUGGUGCCCUGUCUGUGUGUUCCCAACUUUCAGCCAUCAUGGAUGCGAGAGUACAUCGGGUUGCCUAACCAGAUAAAACCCACACACACAUGGUGAGAACAGUGUCACAUGUCACACACACAGUGACCAAAGCAUAGGUCUGGUGGCACCCAUUUUACCAACUGUGCUGCUAUCAAACCACCUUCAACCCAAAAUUUUUAACAUGGACAAAGUAAAUCAGUUUAUGAAGAUAAAUGAACAAAUUAAUAUUCGAUAUGUACUCAUUUGUUUACCAAAACCUUCCUAAACCUUUCCUUUCUUAGCAUUUUGAUUAUAUAAUAUAUUCAGAAUGUCAUGCACAUUAAAUGUAAAUACAGUAUUUUGCAUAUUAAGGUCUCUUGAGACAGAAAAAUAAACUGAAUGUACAUAUUGAUCAUUGUUAACCUUGUCAAUCAUAUACAAAAAAAACUAAAUCUAGUUCAUUAACUUCAGAUUAGAUUUAGAAGUUAAUAGUAUUUUAUGUGUAAUUUUGGUUGUGUAUCAUCAAAAUACAGUAUAGUAUAGAAUGUUUUUUUGUGGAAUUUGUAUUUUAUUGGUUUUAAACAUGUACAAAGAUUAUUGUGUAAAUUAAAAGAA